GAAAAGUGAAAGUGAAUGCAUUAUCGGACAUAAAUUAUUAUGUUUUUUUUAACUAAGGAGAUUCAUCAAAUUGAAGAGAUUUUUUCAGAUUUUUUCAGAUUGUUGUGGUUAAUACAUAUCGUGGCAGAAAUAAUCCGCUGACGAUAGUACAGAAAGAGGCACUAACUACGCUGAGUACCGUAUAGAACUAAGUCAACGCAAAUCGAACGACAAAGAAUGCUCAGAUGGUCUUGCAUGCCUCUCCCAUGUCUUGAACCCUUGAUCUGUAAAUUUUGCUAGUCCAUCUCAUAUAGAAAAAGUAGAAUAACCAACUUUACAUUUUGCUCUAUCGAUAUAGCAGUGUUGAGGUCUAAGAAACCAGACAUCUUCUGAAAUAAAUCUUGAAUGCUCGAAAGUAUCUACGCGGAGACGCGUUUUUUGUGGGCUCAUCGGAUUAAAGGUACUGUCCUUUUCUUGUCGAAGCCCAGUAACAUAACUACGUAAUCUCUUUGAAAAUUUCGUAGAAACCCUCAACUUUCCUCUGAGGUCCACCACUUCCUCCCAUGAAAGCUUUUGAUACUGUGCUUAAGGAAUGGCUUGGUUCCAAACCGUCACAUACACGCGGCACACUGGAACAAGGCUACAUGAGCCUCUAGUAUUUUAUUGCAGGCAUUGUUAUGCAGAUAUGUAACAUAUCCGUGGGUAUGCAUUUCUAUAGGUAGUUGCAGCUGUGAAGUGAUAUGAAUUAAGCUUUCUGCAAUUCAAAUGCAAUGGAGAUUAAGAUUGAUAGGUUGAGUGACUUGCCUGACAAUUUAUUGUGCUGCAAUAUUCUUUCUCGUCUCUCACUGAAAGAUGCCAUUCGCACUUCUCUUCUGUCUCACAGAUGGAAAUCCCUCUGGAGAAACAUUCCCCACAUCGAUUUUUCUCUGUCUUUUUUCGAUUCACUCAUAAGGCUUACAUGCCGCCUUGCAGAAACGGCAGAAAUGAAAUCCUCUGUUAAGUACAUAGAAAAUGUGAUGAACAAUAUCCUUUCGCUUCACUCUACCCCUCUUGAGAGUGUGCGGUUUGAUCUUUCCUUCCAGGGAGGGCAGAAUCGAUUAGGGGGAAAAAUACUCAGCAAUGUGAGCAUUGACCAAUGCAUAAAAGGGGCAGCUGUGAAGGGAGCGAAAAGAGUUUCUCUUUAUUACAGGGGAAUGUGCAGAAGGCAAGUGCCAUCUUCUCUUUUUGCCUGUGAGCUUUUAAGGGUUUUGGAAAUGGAGGGUUUCUGGAUUACAGAAAUACCCAGUGAUUUUAGAGGUUUCCUGUUUUUAAAGGCUUGUUCUCUUUUGGAUGUUGGUGAUUUGACUGAUGCGAGACUGCAGCAGCUCAUAGCAUUGUGCCCACAUCUUGAGAAGUUGGUGAUCAAGCGCUGUGCUGGCUUGUUUAAUUUGUUAAUCUGCGCACCCAAUCUCAUUUACUUGAACUUAGGAACUUCUUCUAUAGAAAACUUUACAGCAGAUUGUCCCCAGUUGGUUGAGCUCAAAAUAAAGGAUUGUUUCAUGUUGUGUAAAUUUGAGCUUAAUUCCUCCCCUUUUCUGCAAGAAAUGGAGCCAUCAGAUAUUUCAUCACUUGAAGAGAUUCCGGCUUUGAAAUCCCUGAAAAAAUUAUCCCUUAGAAUAGGAUUAGAUACUCCGUUUGGAGUACUCAUCAGCACAUUUCCAGACCUUGAAGAGCUGAAAAUCACAGACAUUCUCAUCCAGGACAUGGUAGCAGGGGAAGUUGUAUCAGACACGGCAUUCCCCAAACUGAAGAAAGUAGAUGUACAUAUUUCAUCAGACAUAUGGGGUCAGAAGGAAGUAGGUUUGUUGGAUUUCCUUCUUAGCAAUGCUCCCAAGUUAAAUUCCAUGGUUCUCUGUCACGCUCCAGUUGGAACAACAUUAUUUACUGAUCCAGAGUUCAUGAGUCAGUUUAUGAGUCAGAUUUAGGAUAUGGAAUACCCAUUUGUAAAAAUGAAAUUUCAUCAUGUUGAAGACAGUAGAAAAGUGUGGUAAGAACCAGUAAAUAUUCCACCUGUUAUAGAAGCAGUACUAGAUGAUACAGUAAGGAAACAUACGUAAAUUUGCAGCUUCUUUUAAUGGUACUACUCUACUAGGCUUCUAAGAAGGGCACUCGUACAGCACUAGCAGUGAUAAAUUUCGACUUUAUAUGGUCUAAAUUUUGAUUCAGACGGUUUUUCAAUAGUUGGUAGGAUAUGUUAUGAUCUUCGUCUCUUUAUACAGUUUUGAAAUAUACUGAAGAAUAUACAAGUGGUAGCGUUUCAUACA